GCAGCUUUCAUCUUCAGAAAUUCCUGCACACGCGCUCUCAGAACUCCCCUGAUUGGUGUAAAUUGAUAUCAGUUAUCAUCACACUAUGCUUCUGAUUUUAAUCAUGACGCUAUGGAGUAUCAACAUUAUUCAAAGCCUUGACAGUUCAUGUGACUAUUCAAGGAUUAAUGACGUAGAAGACUUUGUCCAAGUUCGAUGCCAAGGAAAUGAUUCACUAACAGACACUCUCAAAGAAAUUUUGAGCAACAUCACGGAACCAAUUCGAAUCUUUGAGUUACGAAAUUCGGUUCUAGACGCAUUACCGGAUGAUAUUUUCCAAGCUACAGAAAACGCAGUAGUAGAGAAAGUUGUGUUUGAUAAUGUGUCUUUGGAGCUGUUGUCUGUGCCAACUUUGGGUGAUCCUCCGUUCGAAUCUGUGCAAAAGACAUUACAACAUUUCGAAGUCUACGAUAGUUCUCAUGUUUUUGCGUGGAACUUGUCCUCCUUAUCUCACAUGCAGAACAUGAAGAGUUUGAUAGUAGAAAAUUCUGAUGUGUUUAGUUUAUAUGUUCCGUUCAGUGUGUGGCCAGCGCUGCAAUUUGUCCAAAUAAUUAACUCUAGAUUGAAAUGGAUUCACCCUAGAUUGUUGCAAGCAAACCAAGAGUUGGCAAUUUGUUCCUUUUCUAAUAACGAGAUCCGCCAUGUUCAGCGUUCUAUGUUUCCUGAACCAGCCUCUAACCUUUGGAGUCUCGAUUUAAGUUAUAACUGGUUGGAAUGGCUUCCUGAAAACAUAUUUUCUGACAUGGAUGCUUUAAUUGAGCUCAAGAUUGACAAUAAUCAGUUGAAGGAAGUUUCUCAGCGUGUUUUUUCUCCGGUAUGGAAUAAUUUGACACAGUUCUGGUUGGAUGGUAAUCCAUUUUUUUGCAGUACUGCUGACUGGACGAAUGGAACCAGAGACUUACCCUUGUUUAUGGAUUCCUCUAGGUGCCACAUGAGAAACAAAAUUGUGCUUUUUGAUGCAUAUUUUAAAGGAUAUUAUUGAUGAAUGCCUAAAUUUCAUUCACUGGAAACAUAGAGUAGAUGCAAACAAAGAACUGCACCAUUUGGCAACUCCAAUUACGCGCUUGGCUCGGACGAGAACAAAUUGGUGCCAAGCAGACGCCGAAUGCGGAUCCUACUGGUUAACUCUUCUUUUGUAUUCAAGAGAAAAUCUCCGAAAGUGACAACCUUCUGGAAAUCUUUUCGUUUACUUCGGGUCUAUGUAUUCCGUGAACAUUUAGUAGCAAUACCUAUUUCUUUUAAACAUCGAACUUAACAAAGCUACAGAAACCCUGUGACUUUUUCUCAAAUGGGGACAUUUAAUGCGUUUAAAAAAAUGUUUACAUCGAAAGAUGAAUUGUAAUUAAAG